CGACGAAGGACUUGUCAACAUGACAAUGCAGCAGAAAGGGGAGACCUAUACACCUGUGGCUUUCAGGAAGUUUAUGGUGAGUGUGGCGAAGGGAUAGGACAUGCUUGUUGAAGGGGCGAACGACGAGUUGAAGAGGGGUGCUGCAGAAAUACUAGUGUUGUCCAGAAUCAAGGACAUGACACAAACACCGCCCCAGGACUUUCAAGAGUUUCUCGUGAUUAUUGCAGACGGUGUGGAAUACGUUCUGCUUGAUCAGCUAUGUGACCUCAUGAACAAGACAGAGGAUGACAGGAACGUCAUUCAUGAGGCCUUGCACGAAGUCACAGAGUACGCCGUGCAGGGUCGAGAUCUCAUUGAUUUUGUGACAGCGUCAGCAGGAGAGGAGAUCAUUAGUGGCAGACCAUUGUGGGGGGGCUUGUUGGGUUGUGCUCUGGAGCGGCUUGGUCUUGCAACCUGCGAUGUCGAGAGACAGAGGGAAAGGGAAGAGGGUUGGAGGCUGAUUGCCAGCGAAACAAGGUUACCGGUCAUUGAAGAAACCGGGGAGACAUCAGCAGCACAGGAUACGAGUGGGACGAUGGUGGUCGACGUGUCUACCAUGCACACAUCAACGACAGAGGACUUGGUGUAUAUGGACAUGUGUGAGGGUUUCUUCUUAGGGGAACAACAGUUGGCAGAGCGCAGAGACGAUGCAGAGCACAGAGAUGAUGCAGAGGAGGAGGAUGAGGAAGAGUACGAGGGGUCUGACAUGGAGGAAAUGGACAGUGGUCCACGGGUGUGCGACUGCGGCAGACCUUUCAUGUCCUUACGGACUUUAAACUCGCAUCGUGCGAGGGCAUGCCCCGCCGUGGCGGAUGAAGGAGCGCAAAGGCAGGAGAAUGAUGCUGCCCACGACCCGGGACCAUCCAACAUAGGCGCAACCAAUCUCACUGGUGAUGAGAGCGAGGACGCGGGGGCAGAGGACGACGCGAAUGGGGCAGCCGGUGAUAACGCAGAGUCGGCAGCGCAACCCGUCGAGCCUUUUGACAGCUCGCGCAGGCUAGCAGCGCUUAUUUUUUCCGCCAGGGGCGGCGUCAGUAUGUCACAUACGGACGUUGAUGCUCUCUUGUCACUUCUCAAAGACCCGAGAUUCAGCGCGACGGACAUUGCGUACCGCAACAGUCGAGAGUGCUUCGCAUGGGCGGGCAGUCUAGCAGAGGCCGCUAGGUGGAAGGAGUUGGAUCUGCGUAGUAACGACUGGCCUCGAGAAGCGCACGCCGUCUUGUGGCACUGCGAUUGGCGGACUGCAUUCUUAUCGAUAAUGCACGUCGCAUUGCAGAAAUGCGAGACGGUUCAUUCCCUCGAGGUGUCCCCGCCGUCGGAGGACAACAGUGACUACCUUGAGCGAUGUACGCUGGCGAAUAUGAAGUUUGGUGUAUGCCCUACAUGCACCGUGUCGAAAACGGACCUCGAUGUCGUGGCCGAUUUCACGAACAGCAAGAGAUCCCAGACGCUGAAAACUCAACUCGCAGCAGUUGUGUUUACGGCGGACGACGAUGACGUGCGUCGUGCGGCGGAAGGGCGAAUGGCGGAGUUGGACAUGCAUAGGCAUGUUGAACAGAACGGCCUUUGGGGGUUCUACAGGGGGCCGAGUGGCGAUGAUCCUCAGUUAGACUACCACCUCGCAUUGCAACCAGACCAUAUGCACACGAUCGAACACGGCAUAUUCCUGCACAUGAUCGAUGCAUUUAGGGCGGCAGCCUUUGAGAAGUUGCCGAACACACCGCAAACAGAGAUCCUGAAGGAACUCGAUGCGAGAUUGCAAUGCGUUUGUGAGAGAUGUACGCGAACAUAUCCCCAACUUGUGCUGCCCGUGGCCACAGGCAACGAUUUUUUUUCUCGAGAGGGACGCUUCGAGACGAAGCAAAACCGGUCUGUGAUGACAGUGUGCGUGUUCCUCAUUUUUAAUAUAAUCCCGCGCUCGACAGGCAAGGGCAUUACCGCUUGUUUUGUUAAGCUGAUGCAAAUGUACGUACGGUUGUUUCAGCGCACAGCACACACUCGAGCUUCCCUUGACGAAUGUGACUCGUUGAUGACGGACUUCGUAACGACCAUCAAAGCGAAAUUGGGAAGAUACCAACCAUCAAAUUGGAAACUCCCGAAGUUGCAUGAUCUUAUGCAUAUGAGAACGAGUAUUGAGCGAUCUGGUGUGGCCGACACAUUCGCUGCAGACGUUUGGGAGCAUCACCACAGGAGAUUCUGCAAACAACCGUACAUGUCAUCGAACAAAAGGAAAGCGUCAACCCAGAUGGUCAACCACGUGCGCCGGUCGUUGGCGUUGCAGGAGGAGACCGGAUUUGUGAGGAAAAAGAGGAAGAGGGCCGUCGAGAAUAGGUCUUCUGUGACGGACUGUAUGGCAACGGGGAUGAACACCCUGGCACUACGCGAUACGUCAAUCCUUCAACUGCGCUAGUUCGACAUCGAUUAGGACCAGAUAUGCGAGGUGGAAGGCAUUGACAGUCAUGCGUGUAAGAUACUUGAAGAGCUCCCUUUCAGA